ACCCCGAAUUCCAGAAGCAGCUGGGUGGGCACCAUGGCAGGGAUCACCAUCAUCGAGGCGGUGAAGCGCAAGAUCCAGGUUCUGCAGCAGCAGGCGGAUGAUGCCGAGGAGAGGGCCGAGCGCCUCCAGCGGGAAGUGGAGGGAGAAAGGCGGGCCCGGGAGCAGGCUGAAGCCGAGAUGGCCUCCUUAAACCGUAGGAUCCAGCUGGUUGAAGAGGAGUUGGACCGUGCUCAGGAGCGCCUUGCCACUGCUCUGCAGAAGCUAGAGGAAGCAGAAAAGGCUGCUAAUGAGAGCGAGAGAGGUAUGAAAGUGAUUGAAAACCGAGCUCUAAAAGAUGAAGAGAAGAUGGAACUUCAGGAGAUCCAGCUAAAGGAAGCAAAGCACAUUGCCGAAGAGGCAGACAGGAAGUAUGAAGAGGUGGCUCGUAAGUUGGUGAUUAUUGAAGGAGACUUGGAACGCACAGAGGAACGGGCCGCGCUGGCAGAUUACCAAGAGAUGGAUGAGCAGAUCAGACUGAUGGACCAGAACCUGAAGUGUCUGAGUGCUGCUGAGGAAAAGUACUCUCAGAAAGAAGACAAGUAUGAAGAGGAGAUAAAGAUUCUUACUGACAAACUCAAGGAGGCAGAGACCCGUGCCGAGUUUGCUGAUAGAUCGGUAGCCAAACUGGAAAAGACCAUUGAUGACUUGGAAGAUAAACUGAAGUGCACCAAAGAGGAACACCUCUGUACACAAAGGAUGCUGGACCAGACCCUGCUGGACCUGAAUGAGAUGUAGAGCACCCCCUAUUCCCCGCCCUGCCACCGCUCCUCCCUCUGACCCUGACUCCGCCUGAGGCCAGCCUGCCUGAAGCUGACCUUGAAACCGAGGGCUGAUCUUUUUAACUGAAGGCUGCUUUCCCUCCUGCCUCCCCUCUACCCUUCAUGUCUUUUUCAUAAAACUGUGUCAGCCUCUUCCCAGAGUUCCCAGAUGGAGGGACUGAGCACCUUUGGGAACAAUAUUUAAGGGAGUGUGAGCACAAUGCAUUUGUCUUCAGUGCUCUUGGGAUCUGCACGUUGUGAUUCCUUUUGUCUUAGCGACCACUGUAACAUUCCAAGCACUUCCACAGCUUGGAGCAGCAGCCCAGUUCCUUGUCACUGUUGGAAGGUGACCUGCCGGCCUAAUGGAUACUGCUCUCUCCAUAGAGGAGGAACACAGGACAGCCAGCAGAGCCCAGCAGGCUCCACUGUGGGACACCUCAGUUCUCUGCACCAAGUCCUAGCCAAACAACAGGGAAUUCUAGGAAAUUAGCCAGAAACAAAAACUCUUCCGGGCUGUGAAGGUUCCAUCUUUGAUAUCUUUGAACAACUUUAACCUUGUUUUUUAUGUU